CUGUAAAGUGAACUGGAGCGAGCGUCAGUGACAGAGGAACGCGGGGCUUCAACUUUUCAUUCACUCACUCACAAUUCCGUUUCACGUCAACAUCAGCAGCAGCAGGAGGAGAAGAAGUGUUUACGUUCAAACAGCGGCUUUAAAAACAAACAAACAAACAAUUGAAAUUGAAAGAGAAACGCACGCGCGCAGAGAGCGGAGCUGUCACUCACUCACUCACUCACUCACUCAGUUAUGGCGUCAGCGGCUUUUAACGGAACUCAGAUUUCCUACAUCGGACACGACUGCGAGGACAUCCCAGAUUUCCUCGGGGACGAGUAUGGACACUUAGCGAAGAGACUGGAUCUGAGCUUCAACCAGCUCAGGUCACUGUCGGGCCUCCAGAGCUUCACCGGGCUGGAGGAGCUGCUGGUCGACAACAACCUGCUGGGGAACGACCUGCGGUUGCCGAGGUUACCGCACCUGCACACCCUGACGCUCAAUAAGAACCAACUGACUGACAUCGAGGCCCUGCUGGAGCACUUGGCCGCCGCCGCCCCGUCGCUGCAGUACCUGAGUCUGCUGGGGAACCAGGCCUGUCCCAACCAGCUGGUCAGCCCGGAUAAGGACGAGAACGACUACCAGAGAUACAGGUACUUUGUUCUGCACAAGUUGCCGCAGCUGAAGUUCUUGGACACGAGGAGAGUUACCAACAUGGAGCUGACGGAGGCUCAGGAGAGAGGAGCCUUCAUGAAGGUGGUCAAACCCAAGUCAGACGCACCAUUGAAGGAGGCUGAGCGUCAACCACUGCCCUACACUCCACUGCCACAAGGCUCCAGAGAGGCCAAGAACCACAAAGGAGCUUUCUCCAAGUGUUGUUACGUUUACUACGGCAAACACUCAGAGGGAAACAGGUUCAUCCGAAACGACCAACUGUGACGUGACGCCGCUCGAAGCUAAAGAGGGAAAAAACCAAAGGAAGACGAUCUAAGCAAUCAUGCGUAUUUAUUACAGGGCAGUUGUUUUUAAAUCACACACUUUUUUUAAAUCACAAGUCUAAAUGCACUGGAAAAUAACAACGGAAACUUUGGCAGAAUGUUAUGAAUGUUAUGUACGAUGAAUGUGUUUUGUUUUGUUUUUUUCCAAAGAUCGUAAAGUUAGCAAAGCUUCUGCUUCGACCUUAGCGCCAGGCUGCGUGCAUUAUACUUUGUUUUCAUUUAAAUACAACGCAAAAAUCCUGCUGCAGACGCAGACGCCCGACAUUUUCAGGCCAAUAUAGACGUUAAACCAAAUCCGUGACACACAAUUUGUUCAGAACUCAGAAUUUCCACCAGUAUUUGUUCCACAGUAAAUCAGUCGUGCACAUCAUAGUGUUUCAUUUUAACACUAAAAAUGUUGCUACGAUGUUUGUGUGUACGAAAUACCGUGUAGUUAUCGUUGUUGUUGUUAGCGAUCGGUGUUGUUAACAACAACUAUUUUGUGACGUCAUCAGAAAUUUAGUAGUCAUAGUAGAGUCACUUAUCCUGCAUACACACACCAGAUUUUGUUCGAAUCCGAUAUGUUUUGACAGAGAUACGUCGUUGUUUUUUACAGUUUUGCCCAUUAUAAAAGAAUGGGGUUUCUUGAAAGUUUGAUAGUAUUUUGUAACGUCAUCAGUGAGUACAUUCUUACCAAAAUUUAGUGGGAACAUUCUUGGGUGAUCACCUAGCCUUCACAAAAAAAUCAGAUUGCUCUGUCAAAAACUGUACGUCUUUGAAUUUAAUCACCACAAUAAGCACAAGAAGUGAGUGACAUGUCAGGAAAUAGUGGAUUUGAUUGUUGUGUUUUAAUCUCAGCUGUGAUUGAAGGUGUCUGUGUUUGGUCAGUUGGUUCUUCAUGUCUGCAGGAUGUGUUUUCAUUGUCUUUUAAUGUCAUAAACAUUCCAAAUUGUCCAGCUUUAAUGAAGAACAGAGUAUUGCAUCAUUUCUUGUUACUUGUGCCACUGCAACUGAAAUGUCCAUUUCAAUUUUAGCAUUAAAUAAAUUCAAAUAGUUCCCUG